AUGCUUUUUGACCUUGCACCGCAUAUUGAUCCCAAAGUCCUGCAGCGUGUGGCUCGAGAGAAGGGAUAUACGUUGCCCGUUUCCGAGGAUAGUUCUGAACAACGGAGGCAAGACGCGAGCGCAGAUCUGCACGCCGGACUUCCGCUGCGUUUUUUAGCCACCCCGGAGGAUGUGAAACGGGCAUAUUUGCCUCCGCCGGAGGGGUUUGAGGAGGCUUAUGUGAAAAAAACUGAUGGCGGCGGAUUACCUGAGAAGCGAACCACUCAGCCAGUGGCGCGCAAGCGGGUACGAAGUGGUGAAGGACCCGCGCAGGUGGGGGUCUCCGAUUCAGCCACACCUGCGGUUAUUUCUGCUGCUGGUGCUACAGAGGUGAAUACUAACGUCUCCACCUCUGUAGCGGCAAAUACACUUCAAGCUAAUUUUGAUCCAUCAUUUGAGCGCACCAAUUACUUGGGCAGGUCUUUCUUGGAGCCUCCCCCAUCGCUGCAACCGCGCUCGCAUGAGUGCCGUCUCCCACGACAAAUGAAAGGCAGUUGCGACAAGCAUGCGGCGGGCAUUCAACAGCUUCAGUGGCUACCUCCCGUUGGUCAUUUGUUGUUUGCCGCUGAUUUAAAGGGUGAGGUGAGGCUUUACGAGACCUUCUCUUCCCGCCGUCAGUGCAUUGCUUCAUUUGUAGCCCAUUCACAACCAGUGAAAUCCCUAGAGGUGACUCCGGAUGGGGAAACAAUGUCCACAGGUUCUGUUGAUGGGACGGUAGCGAUGUGGGACGUUGAACAUGGUGAGUGCCGAGGCGUGCUGACGAAUUCGGAGCGGCUUCCCUGCGUGCAGCACCUGCAUCAUCCUCUAGAUCCAACUUCCUUAAUACUUGUAGCACUGGACAGGAAAGUGGUCCUUUAUGACGUGCGGGUGAGUUACCAGAAGUACCAACGCGAGUACACGGGCCAUAUGGGGACCAUUUUUAAUCUCUCGCUGCUUAGUGGAGGGAAGAAACUUUUAACGACAGCGGAGGACAAGACGCUCCGCACGUGGGACUUUAGGGUUCCAGUUCAAAUCAAACAGAUUGCGGAUGUCUCUAUGCAUGCCAUCACUCAUGUCGUGCGGCACCCCACAGAAGACAUGCUUGUUGCCCAAUCGCUCAACAAUCAAGCACUUGUAUUCUCUGAUGGUGGUGGAGGACAAGUGAAGUUACUUCGUCAUCGUGUAUUUAGCGGCCACACAAUUUCAGGCACGCGUUGUCAACUGGCAUUUAGUCCUGAUGGCCGCUAUUUGUCGAGUGGUGACAUCAAUGGUAAGUUGUUUAUCUGGUCGUGGGCUACUGGUGAGCUACUACGAUCUUUUUCAGCCCACACUCAAACUCUUGUGUCGCAUCGCUGGCACCCAGUUGAGGCUUCCCGCGUUGUCACCUCAGCGUGGGAUGGUGCCAUUAAGACAUGGGCGUGA